UAUACACUCUGGUUGAAGCCUUUUCUAUCUGUCUCUCUGUCUCUCUCUGUCUCUAGUCUCUCCCCAUUUUCUCUCCAUCUGUGCGUGUGCAUUCCUUCACGCCUUAAGCCUUAAGCCUUAUUUCUUCCCUCACACAAAACCCAUUUUUGUGUGUCAUUCAAUUCACAGUGCUGCCUUUUCUUUUUCUUUUUUUGAAUCUUUCUCAUCCAAAUUUUGUUAUUUUUGGCAAUACAGCUGUCUCAGAUUUCUGGGUUUCUCUGAUCUGAUAACUUGAACCCAUCACUGAUUCUGUGUUGGUUUCCUCAAACCGCAAUUGGGUUUUUCUCUGCUGUGGUUGUUUACUGAGAAACUGCAGGAAAAACCCAAGAAAAUUAAUCAAUUUUUUGGCUGAAACUAAAACCUCCAGACAACUAUUAUAUCUGGGUUUAACUGGGUUUUUCAUUUUCUUUUCUGUAAAAGGAAAAGAUUUAGAUUUUUUUCUUUUUCUUUUGUUCUUUGUUUUCCGAGGAAACGAACAGGGGACAUGUUAGGGAAUGGACAGAGGUUUGGGGGUGCACGUGGAGAGAACCGGUUUUACAUUCCAGUGAAAGCAAGAAAGAAUCAGAAUCAUCAGCAAAAACAAGGAAGAAAGGCUAAUAGUAAUACUAAUAAGGCUGAUGACACUAACACCAAAGACCCUUCUAGUAAUUCUCCAUUGCAAAAUCCUCCAUUGGAGCCUGUUACUAACCUUGAUAGGUUCUUGGACUCAACCAAGCCUUUGGUCCCAGCCCAGUUUUUCUCCAAGAAAACAAUGAGGGGGUGGAGUACUUGUGCUGUUGAGUUUCAACCAUACUUCAUGUUGAAUGAUCUUUGGGAAACAUUUAAGGAAUGGAGUGCUUAUGGGGCAGGAGUGCCUUUGGUACUUGAUGAGUGUGAUUCUGUGAUUCAAUAUUAUGUUCCAUACUUAUCUGGUAUCCAAUUGUAUGGUGAACCUGCGGCAAGGUCAAAUGCUAAGCCAAGGCAAGCCCGUGAAGACAGUGACAGUGACUACUACAGGGAUUCAAGUAGUGAUGGAAGCAGCGACUAUGAAAUUGAUAAAGGCAUAAAAACUACUAGGGAACAGCAGAGUUGGCACCAUCUAAGAAGUGAGAUCCCAAUCAGAUUGGACAGAUUGUCUAUAAAUGAUGAACACAGUGCAAGACAAGAAGGAUUUUCUAGCGAUGAUAGUGAAGCAGGAAAUUCUCAGGGUCUGCUGCUCUUUGAGUUUCUUGAGCAGGAUCUCCCUUAUUGUCGUGAACCACUAGCCGACAAGAUAUUAGAUCUUGCAUGCCAGUAUCCUGGACUCAAGACAUUAAGAAGUUGUGAUUUACUACCAGCCAGUUGGAUGUCUGUGGCAUGGUAUCCUAUAUACCGAAUACCUACAGGUCCAACAUUAAAAGAUUUGGAUUCUUGCUUCUUAACAUAUCAUACCCUUUCCACACCCAUGACAGAUAGUGGAAGCACCCACACCCCAAUUGUCAUUUGUCCAAGUGAGAUUGACGAUGUCUCCAAGAUUUCCUUGUCUGCUUUUGGAAUGGCUUCCUAUAAGUUAAAAGGAUCCAUGUGGGCACAACGCGGUAUUGGUGAGUCACAACGGGCAGAUUCGCUUAUGCAGGCUGCAGAUAACUGGCUAAGACUGCAUCAGGUCAACCACCCAGAUUACCAAUUCUUCACUUCACAUGGUACGUACUACAGAUGAAAAUCAGAAAAUGACACGCAGCUGGAUUCUCUGUACUUGCCACAAAUCAUAAAUCUUGUAAGUGACAUGCUGAAACUGGGUCAAAUGCCACUUGAUGGAGUUUAUAUGAUAUAAAUCUCCUGUUACAUGCAAAAGAAACAGAGAAAACAGUGGACUAUCACAAGAUGCUAAACAUUAUAAUGAAGAAAAUAGAAUAAAGACAAAAAAAAAAAGCAUGAAUACUUUGAAAAAGAGAAAAAUUCAAUGGCAUAAGUGAACACAAUAAGCCCCAAGAUAAGUGGAGAAAACAGGCAAGUAAAGAUGAGCACGGAGAUGAUACAUUGCAGAUGAGCAAAAAAUAUUAUACUGCUACAAGUUGAUGGCGCAUAUAUAUACUCCUUUUGUUUGUUCUGACUUUUAGUUUUUUAUGUUACUAUGUGACAACAAAAGAGGUUGUUACAAGGGUUUUUUUUUCUUCUUUUUUUGCCCUUUUUUUAGAGGGAGUUGGUUGAUGUAUAAAAUGGUUAAAUUUGGCUAUCCAGCUCCGUUUGACAAAUUUGACAUAUAUAACAUUUUGAUAAUUAGUAGUGUGAAAGGAAUUAACAGCUGAUAUUUGAAUUA